AAAUUGGCUUUGCCUUAUUUUUGUUAUACAUAUAACCAUCAAUCAAAAUUGGUGCUGAAUGCUGUUCCCAAUAUUGAUUCCAUAAACAAUUGGAUGUAUUUUUCCUUGCUAUUGUGCAAAACUGAGUGAAUAGCCGGCCAUUUAAAGGAAAGUGGAGCUGUUCAAAGAAUUUCUAUAUAUAAUAUAUAUUGCAGAGUAAAAUUUACGAAAAUUCGGCCCGAAGUGAGAAAAACGAGAAAGAGUGGAACAGUGGAUAUGGAUUCGGAAGAGAGUGGCACAACGAAGCGGGGUCGUGGAAGAGGUCGUACUGCGAGAGGCCGUGGCACGUCAACUCGAGCUAGAGGAAGAGGUCGUGGCAGAGGCCGAAAGGCUAAAGUGAUUGAAUCGGACGAAGAAGCAUCAUCUGAACAACCAGAGACUGAAGAUGCUGAUGUAUCAAUCGAAGAGAAACCACAAGAACCAGAGCCAACAGUAGUUGCACCAGCUGACUCAGCAAUUGAGGAAAAGGAAAAUGAAAUCGUCCCACCGAAAAUUGACAUGGAAGCGGACAUUUCACAAUUGGAAGCGCCCACAUUCACAACAAUUAGUCGUGGUCCGCCUGAGCCGAUGCUUCGAUUGAAAUGGGAUCACAAAGUAUCGUUAAUCGGUGAAAAAGUACUGAACCCAAUGAUUCAUUGCUGUGAUCUGUGCGAUAAGCCGAUUUUGAUUUAUGGCCGAAUGAUACCAUGCAAACAUGUGUUCUGUUUACGUUGUGCUCGUUCGGAACCAUUCAAAGCGUGUCCACGAUGCAAAGAGAAGGUAUUGCGCGUCGAACAGUCGGGCUUGGGAACAGUUUUUAUGUGCACCUACGGUGGAAGUCGUUAUGGAAACACCGGCUGCCGACGAACGUAUUUAUCACAACGUGAUUUACAAGCACACAUCAACCACAGACACAUUACGCCCGAUGGUAAGGGUGACGGUAGUAAAACAUCGCAAAGAAAGGGAUCUAUUUCAAGUGAUUCCAUUCCGCAAUCACCAUAUGGACAACAAGCCGUAUCGAGCCCAUUGAAUUUAAGCCAGUCUGCCACAGCGCAUAAUCUAUCGACAGUCGCCUCAUCAACCUCAUAUUACUCGUCAUUCAGCCAGUAUGGCUCCAUGCAAACACAUAACUCACAUUAUUCAAGCGCGUCACGGAACGUCAAUUAUGAAUCAAGUUCGCAUAAAUCGAAUUUAGAUCCACCACGUCGUUAGAGUAGUCUUAAACAUGAAUCUUUGUGGAAAAUUUGGACUUUUAUGGAUUGAAAUUAAGAAAUUGUGCGACACAAGCGAAAUGAUCUUUUAUGACUCUGAUGAAGUUUUUUUUGUAGCAUUGAAUUUGAAAAGAUUUGAAAAUAUUCGUAAUUAGUUUUGUACAGCACAAUUUCACCAUUUCCAUCUGAAAUGGACAUGUAACAUUUUUUCGAAGACCAGUCAAUAAAAAUGAACAAAAAGUAACCAA